GACCACGCCCACAAGCUGGUCCUGAAGUCGGCGUCGGUGGUGACCAAGUGGCUGCUGCUCCUGCCAUGGAGCCGGGCCCCUCUGUUUCCCCGGGACCUUCGCUCUCCUUCAAAGAGGAGCUUCUGUGUGCUGUAUGCUACGACCCGUUCCGCGACGCGGUGACGCUGCGCUGCGGCCACAACUUUUGCCGCCGGUGUGUGAGCGGCUGCUGGGAGGUGCAGACGACGCCCUCGUGCCCGGUGUGCAAGGAACGUGCGGCUCCCGGGGAGCUGCGCACCAACCACACUCUCAACAACCUGGUGGAGACCCUGCUGCGGGAGGAGGCCGAGGGAGCGCGCUGGACAGGUCGCCGAUCCCCGCGACCCUGCCGCACGCACCGCGCCCCUCUUACUCUCUUCUGUCUGGAGGACAAGGAGCUGCUGUGCUAUGCCUGCCAGGCUGAAGCCCGGCACCAGGAGCAUCGCGUGCAGCCCAUCAAGGACACUGCACAGGACUUCCGGGCCAAGUGUAAGAACAUGGAGCAUGUGCUUCGAGAGAAAGCCAAGGCCUUUUGGUCCCUGAGGCGUACCUAUGAGGCCAUCGCCAAACACAAUGAGGUGCAGACGACUUGGCUGGAAAGCCGCAUCCGGGAUGAGUUUGACAAGCUCCGAGAUUUCCUGAGGGUGGAGGAACAGGCCACUUUGGAUGCCAUGAAAGAAGAGAGCAGAAAGAAGCACUUGCUGGCUGAGGAGAGGAUGAAACAGCUGGCAGAACAGACCGAGGCCCUGGCUCGUGAGAUUGAACGGCUGCAGAUGGAGAUGAAAGAGGAUGACAUGACUUUCCUCAUGAAACACAAGAGCCGAAAGCGCCGACUCUUUUGCACCGUGGAGCCAGCUCCUCUCCAGCCUGGCUUGCUGAUGGAUGCAUGCAAGUAUCUGGAGUCCCUGCAGUACCGUGUCUGGAAGAAGAUGCUUGGGUCUGUUGAAUCUGUGCCCUUCAGCUUGGAUCCCAAUACAGCUGCCGGCUGGCUCAAAGUGGCUGAUGACCUCACGAGUGUCAUCAACCAUGGCUACCGCGUGCAGGUGGAGAAUCCCGAGCGCUUCUCCUCGGCGCCCUGCUUGCUGGGCUCUCAAGUGUUCUCGAAGGGCUCCCACUCCUGGGAGGUGGAUGUGGGUGGCCUGCCGAGCUGGCGGGUGGGUGUGGUGAGGGUCCAGGCGCACAUGCAGGCGCAGGCACAGGCUGAUGUGGGUGGCGAAGGCCACACACACAGCUGCUACCACGACACCCGUUCUGGCUUCUGGUACCUCUGCCGCACGCAGGGUGUGGACGGAGACCACUGCAUGACUUCAGACACAGCCAUAGCCCCUCUUGUCCAGGCCAUGCCUCGCCGGCUGCGUGUGGAGCUGGAGUGUGAGGAGGGUGAGCUGUCCUUCUAUGACUCUGAGCGCCACUGCCACCUGUACACCUUCCAUGCCCACUUUGGGGAAGUGAGGCCCUACUUCUACCUGGGGUCCUCUCGGAGUGAUGGUCCCCCAGAGCCUCUGCGCAUCUGCCAUCUGCGUGUCUCCAUCAAGGAAGAGCUGGACAUCUGAGCUGCCGCAGUCUGCUGGACACUGGACCGGGGACCUCUUUUGUCCCAGUAUCUUCUGGUAGCCCACUAUUGCCACUUGUGCAGCAUCUUGUAUUCUGUUUGUCCUUUCUGUAACUCCAUGUCCUUCUAUGCCUUUGUCUUUGUUUUCCGUCCCUGUCCUGCUCCAAAGUUAAGAGUCAUCCAGGAGAGCUUGGUGAGCCUAGGCACUACUUAGAGUCGUGGCACCUUUGGGAUGUAGGUUUUCUGACUCCUUUGCUGGUGAAAUGUUUUCUUGUAGAAUGGGCAUUUUAAAUAUAGGUGGCCGUUUUUAGAGACGAUUAGGCUGCCAGUCAGAGAUGCCUCUUGUUGAGUCAGUUGUCACAUUUCCCAGGAGGAAAGCCUUGUCAGGCCACACACACACGCACGCCCUAGGAUUGGUAGAGAGGAGUGGACAAAGCCUUCACCCAGGCUGUCCUACCCCAGUAGGACAAACUAGGCAUUGGCCAGCCUAACCGGACAGCGUGGCUUUUGGCAGUUGGUCUGAGGCCCAGGAGUCCCCGUUUGCCCAACACUGACUGGGAUUGUUAGGACAGGAAAGUCCUGGCCUGCUCUGUGGGAACUGUAGGGUGUGGGGUACUCUGGAGUGCAGUUCAGUUAGCGGAGGUCACAGCAAAGGCAACUGUAAGGCUGUUGGCAGUGGUUAAGGAUUGACCAGUUUCUAGUCAGUGGCCUAGAGGCCAAAGCACCAGAAUGCAGUGAGAAGGCAGUCGAUACUGGCUGGGUCAGGAGCCUGAGCUCUGCUCCUCAGUCUCAGGCGGAGCUUCUGGUUGGCAUGGAAUUGACCCUGAUUCAUGCUUUGAAGGUUUCCCCUGAAAUUGUCCAAGGUUUCUAAAAUGAGAGAGAGAGAGAGAGAGAGAGAGAGAGAGAGAGAGAGAGAGAGAGAGAGAAUGAGAAUAUAUCUGUGAAUUAGCAGUAGUCUUGAAAAUCUUGAAAAUCACGGAGCAAGUUCUGAGAAGAGGCCUGGGGGAUGCUAUGUCUGCAGCCUGACCCUGGGAUCCGGAGAGUCCUGGCCCUUUCUGCCCUUCUCAUUGGCUUCAGUCCACUUGUUCUUGCUCUGCUCUCUGCCAGGUUUCACCCCAACUUCUCCUUUGUGUGUACCUCUACAUUUUCUUUCUCAGUUUUGACUAUAGAUGGAGUCUGAUUGCCAGCCGCCAAGUCCCAAGUGGUGUUGUAAAGAGACAUGUCUUCCCGGGUGUACUGUCACAGUCAGGGACACGUUACUGACCUAGGACCUGGCAUCCCAGUUUCAGCCUGCACCCCACAUUACAUAAGCCUGAUGCUUUAAACCAUGCCGCUCACCCACUAAUUGGCUAUAAAUAGGUCAUAUACAUUGCUUAUCUAACAAGUGGGGCCUCAGAAGAGACACUGUAGUGCAGGCCAGGCUGGAUGCAGGAACAGCAUUAGCAAACCAUUACGUUGUGGCAGAUGCUUAGGCCCUUUGGGAUCCAAGUAGGUGUGAAAGGGUAUGUCCUUGGUGCAGGGCAACUAGUUUAUGUGUGAGAAGCUUUUUCUGAAAUCACUGUUACGAUGAGCUUUUUAUUUUCACUUUAAUUCUUUUUAAAUAGGGAAAUUUCAGUGAUCUAGGCUCCUUUAGAAAUAUUUAACACACUACCCAUAACGGACUAUGUUUUCUUUCAGUGCUUUUGUAAACACAAAUUCCUAUUGAACCUAACUUGUACCUGACUUGAUGCUUUUCAUUGUAAGAUUUUAUGGUGUGCAGUGAGUGUCCCAUUUAGUUUGUUAGUUACAGCUUUUUCAGUUAUGAGUAUAGCUGCUAUGAAAUUUGUGUGCAAGGUUUGUGUGGAUGUGUCUUUUUUCUUUUAAUCCUCUGUCAUAUAUCUCAGAGUCUGUUUUCCAGGUCAUAUGAUAAUUGUAUUAAACCCUUUGAGGACUCGCCAAACUGUUUUCUAAAGCGCCGUACCGUUUUCUACUCCCACUGGCAGCAGGUGAGGGCUGGGUUGUUACACAUUCUUGCCAGCACUGUCUGCCCUCUAACUUAGCUGUCCUAGUGAGGAAGAAGAGUGUCUCAUUUGGCCUUUAGUUGCCAUCCCUGCUAACUAAAAUGGAGCAUCUUUCUUGUGUUCACUGUGUGUCUACCUAAGAGGCGUAAGCCUUUGCCCAUUGGGAUGUUUGUCCUUCCUUUCAUUAUGAAGUUUUAUGAGUUUGUUAUGCAUUCUAGAUAAAAGUUUCUCUGUCAAAUAAAUUACUUAUAAAAUUUUCCUCCUA